AUUCUGGUAGAAGACAGUGGUUUCUUAUUUGUUUUUAAACAAAAGCUGCCUUUGAGAACUUAACAGAACUGACCAACCUUUCUAGCAUAAAGGGAGUUACCAUGUCUGGGCAAUUUAUCUAUGAGAUUUCCCCUAAUGUGCUCUCCUACCUUCUGCCUGUUUCAGUAGAUUCUCAGGAAAUGAAGAAUUCUGUUAAAAGCCUAGACUACAUAGAAAGACUGGCACGUAAAUACAUGCAGAAGUGCAUAGUAGAGUCAAGCACGGAGUCUGAGUCUGAAUCCAGUGCGGAGGUUGUGCCGAGUGCACUUGCUGGAGGACUCAAGAAAGCAAGGAACUCCAGGGGACUACAGUUUUUAGAUCCUUAUGAUGGUGAUUCAGAAGACGAAUCCAUUCAUUCUGACUGUAGCUUGAAUACUUUAAAUAACCUAAAAGUUGCACGAUGGGCAAAAUGUGCCCCAAAGGCAGCUGCUUUGGAGGAUGCUGAUACUUCGGAAGAGGGAGAGUCCUUCCUUGAACCUCCAGACUGGCUCUGCCCAGAAACAAAAGUGAGUGAAAUUAAGGCAGUAAAUGACUCUAAAGCACCCCUGGAACUUCCCAGCCCAGAGAAGGAUUUCCCAAGAAGCCUGUUGCAAUCAUCUGAGUUGCCUAGAGCCACAGAAGCAUUUACCUCCAUGAGGCUGACACCUGAAAAUUCCUUACUGAUGAAUAUUAACCCUUCGGCCUCUGCAGAUCUCCUUGCAAGCUCAGGUGACAGUGCUCCACAGCCCAUACUAGCAGCUGACUGUGAUGGCACAGUGGCCAAACAGCCCCUGCUUAAAAGAAAACAAGGGGUUCCCAUUCCAGAGGGUGCUAGUGAAAAACUAAAAAGAAAGAAAUUCCGUGUAUCUUAA